GCACGGCCCGGAACUAUAUUCCGUCCAGUGGGAGGGGCCGCGGCAAGGACAGACUGUCCCGCUGACACAAGCAGUGAGGAGCCGCGUCUUACAGUAGUAGUCAUGUUGUGUAGGCUUAGCGUGUGCGCCAGGACCAGUCUUAGACUUGCACCUGCUUUGGCCUCAAGACAGAAGCAUACGUUGCCAGACUUGCCCUAUGAUUAUGGUGCACUGCAGCCCCAUAUCAGUGCUGAGAUCAUGCAGCUUCACCACAGCAAACAUCAUGCCGCCUACGUGAACAACCUAAACAUUGCAGAGGAGAAAUAUGCCGAGGCCCUGGCAAAAGGUGAUGUGACUGCGCAAGUAGCUCUUCAGCCUGCACUUAAAUUUAAUGGCGGUGGACAUCUAAAUCAUGCAAUUUUCUGGACAAAUCUUUCUCCCAACGGUGGUGGAGAACCUCAAGGUGACCUGUUGGAGGCAAUUAAACGUGACUUUGGCUCCUUUGAGAUGUUUAAGGAGAAGCUGACCACUGCAUCAGUUGCAGUCCAGGGAUCAGGAUGGGGCUGGCUAGGUUACAACAAAGAAUCGAAUCGCCUGCAACUUGCUGCUUGUGCCAAUCAGGACCCUCUACAAGGAACAACAGGUCUUAUCCCUCUUCUGGGUAUUGAUGUUUGGGAGCAUGCUUACUACCUGCAGUACAAGAAUGUUCGACCUGACUAUCUGAAAGCUAUCUGGAAUGUUGUUAACUGGGAGAAUGUAGCAGAAAGAUACCGAGCCUGCAAAAAAUGAACUGAAUUUUUAUAAUCUGCUACGUCCUUGAUAAGCACUUAAACCCAUUAUACCUGUUGGUUGACUUCCAUAGAAGUUUGUUAAUUUUCUUGCAUUAAAACAUGUUAUGCCUUAGCACUUGGGUAUGGCCACAUGUAGCGUAAAUGCUGCAGAUUUCCUUAAAGGGAUUGCAGGCAAACAAUCCACAUACAAUUACAGUAGCAGUUAAGCGGAUACGAUUUUCACAAAUCUCAGCCAAACAAUGUGUAUCGUCUACACUGGAAUUCACACAAAACAUGUCAUGUGGUGUGGAUUUCAAAUACACUGCAUGUCAAUUUAAAAAAACAUUUCCCGAACUCUGGUUCGGUUCCAAGUGAUAUCUUGGAACUGAACCUGAGUUCGGGAAAUGUUUUUUUACAGUACAAAUUAAUUUAUGAAGUUAUAACCUGAAGUCUCGCGAGAAUUCGGGAAGCAAUAACUUCGGCUCAUCGGAGCGUAUUUAAACAAAGUUUUAUGCGAAUGGACCUCGGAUGUUUCAUCCGAAGUCGAUUCACUCAUCCCUAAUAAACACUGGAAAAUUUGCUGUUGAUCCUGUGUGUGGCAGUACCCUUAUAAUACUUACAACACCUGUUACAUUUUCUGGAGACCUGUGAAGAACUUUGCUUGAUUUCUGCUAACAAUAAAAGUAGGCAAUUGAUCUCUA